CUCACAGCAACGACAACAAUAAAGACAACGACACCUGCGUAAAACAAAUCACCGUGUAUGGGACAGAGAUACCCAGAAACAUGACAAUUACUAAGAGAGGUUUUAUGGGGCUGCCGUUUCUGGCCUACAUGGCAUCCGACUCGCCGAUAGACGUGGCCAACGCAGUCAGCGCUCGCGAUGAGCUAGAUUCCUGGGCUCAUCGAAUUCGUCAAUACAAACCAGCCAAGAGCAUGUUCGACUUGAUUCGCAGCUGUUCUUCUUGGAUUCAUCUAAGUCAACUCGACUCUUCUCUGGAGGGCUUGACGCAAGUUAAGCUGGCACAUGCUGUGCAUGAAACACUUGCAAACGCCAACUUCGAGUGGUGGGCUACAUCCUGUCGUUACAAAGUCUACGAGGAAGAUUCUGUUGCCGAUGAUCUCCCAUUUUCAUGCGCGUGUUGGCCGAGCCCCCCUCUUGGCACUACAUAUACUACCAAGUUCGAAUGGAACUCCGAGACAAAGAUCCUCUGUUGGUUCGAUUUGAACGUGAAAAAAUCUAUGCAGACCUCCUUCGACCAAUUCAUCGACGGCACAGAGAUUUUCGAGUCCUUGGAGGGCCGAGAAGCCUUCGAUGAAUGGAUUGAACUCCGCAAGGAGUCCACCUUGAAACUCACUAAGAAGAGUCCCUCGAAACGCCUGGGAACAACCAGUUCCCGCCCUACUAGAGUCCAGAAGCCCAUCGAGGGCGCGGUCCGGCAUAAACCAUCUGGAAGAAAGACAAGGAAUGGGACCAAGAAGGGAAAGGGAAGGAAGAACGAAGGGGAGCCAGAUGGUCAAGUGCAGAUCUCAGUGGCGAUGUUGGCAUAG